GGCCCAGGAAAGAAAAUGGCAUGCCUCUCUCUUGGGACUUUUCACAAUCUUCCUCCUUUUGGUCCUUGUCCCUUUGCUUUUUGACCUAAAGCUCCAUGUUGAUCAGUCACAGCUCUGUCCAUCAAAGACUGGAUGUCAGCUCACAUGGUGAAAAUUGGACUGUAUGGGUGUUUCCAUUCUUUCCAUGAGACUUACCGUGUAACCUUAAAAAACUUAGGGGAACCGAGGCCUACAGAGGAAUAGCCCACAAUGGUACACACUUUUCCCCAAGACUGUUGUCCUGUAUCUGGAGGCUGAAAUACCCCCUGGGUAUCCAUGGAAAUGUUCAAGAAUUUGUUCUCUAAGUUUUUCUCCUCUGGAAAAAAAAAAAAAAAAAAAAAAAAGGGCAGCGAGCCUGGACCUAUUCUGGCUCGCGGUAACUUAGAAAGUUAAUGAGGCAGUUUCUGCUCUUAGGCUUGCAGGUACCUGUGGACAUCUGAGGGUCAUCCUUUCUAGGGGAUGCUAUGGAUGCUUAUGGUUGCGGAUUUGCAGGGUCCCCUCCUAGCCACGGAAUGCAAGGGCUGGAUCCUUUCCCGUUGGGGAGUGUUUAUUCUUUGCAUUUCCUUUGGCCUCUUUUGGCUGCAGCCCUGGCUCAUUCCUGGGCUUGGCUUGCAUGCACCCAAGCUCCAUUUCUGUGCACCUCCCGUGGAGCUAGUUUCACUGUCCACAUGAUUUUUUUUCUCUGUCCUCCCGACUCACGCAUACAGCAUGACCCUUAUUGUCACCCAUGUCCAGUGACUGAAAGCACUCAAUUUCUCUACUUAGAUCCAGUCUAACACCCUAGUUCUUGAGGGACUUGGGGCUGGUGAUACAGCAAGUGCUGAGUGUACAGAGUGUGCAGGGGUCUGAAAUGAUUGGUACUUUAGUAUGCAGUGCAAGACACAGAUCUGGAUAAAAAAUAAAAAAUAAGCCUUUAUAUUUGCCAGUUUCUAUUUAGUUCUUUGGGCUUAGACUUCCCAAAAGGGCUUCCUUUGCAGGUUACAGCAUGCCCUGAAAAUUUUUAAGACUUUCAGUUCUAGAUCUAACUGGCAGUUCAAUUAAUUUUCUUUUUCCUGCUAGUGAAGUUUUUUUUUCUACUCCUGUGCUUUAUGAAUUUCCCCACCCAGGUAAUCACUGUGCUUUUAGAGGCUGGUAGCAACACCUCGCUUUAUCCUAAGCGACGUAGCUUUCUAGCAACUGCUUCCUGCAGGGGAAAGGGAAGAACUAGACAGCAUGUCAUGUAGGACAUUUGAUUGCAAUUUUAAGUGAGAGCACUUUAAAACAAACUUUCUAAGCUGAAGUAUGGUGGUGACCUGAAAACAAAAGGAUAAGCACUGGCUCAGGUGACUGGCUAGGAACAGCAAGUGCUGCUAAACUCUCUGUGGAGGGGCUUCCCAAUCUGAGCGACAUGGUUGCUGCUUUUUAAGACACUUAAGGAAGAUACUUGCAUGAACAGUGUUGUGUAGUAUGGGAUCUUAUAGCAGGAUCUGGCUUGUGACAUCUUUUCAGUUCAAGAUUUCUAGCUUCUCCCAACAUCAGCCAAGCUAAGAGGCUUUCACCUGAUGGGUCAUUAAGGUUUAGUGCUCUGGGUGUGUCUGGGAGGUGAGGCUGAUUUUGUGAGCGUGUGGUGAGGCCCCUGUGUACAAACAGGAGUGCUGUGCCUGCUCUAUUUCUCCAGGAAAAUUUAGUUAUUAGAGAAAAUGGACAUUUUCUUUCAGACUUUGUAAAUAAUUUUCAAUGAAUGCAGGGGGCUGGCUUUUGCUCUUGUUCUUCCACAACAUUAGGCAAUGCAGCUUAAAGUCCUGUGUUUCUUUUUUCCCACUGACCCCAGCAGUCCCUGGGGUCAGUGGGAAUCUGCUUCCUCUUGAGACUAAGCUGCUUUUCUCUGACUUGCAUGUCGCAGGGAGGUUCUGGUGCAGCCCAGCCAUCCACCUGGAGAUCGCAAACUACAUGAAACUCUCCCCUUGCUCUACAUUUUGACUAUGUGGCCCGAUGACACCUAGCAGGGCCCUUUCCUCCCUCCGGUAUGUGUGCCAAGGUUGGCAGUACUCAACUGCCCUGCUCCUGGUCAGGUUUUAAACCACAAAAUCUCAGUGGUUCUUCAUUUUCCCAGCUUUUGGCAAAUAUUUUACCAGAUGCUUAGCUUUGCCUUGAUUUCUCUGCAGAGGAGAAACUGAGAACUUCCUCCCCAUGACAAGAUACUUUGUCUUUCUGGGGUAUGCCCUGUUACAUCACAUAUCAAAAAUCUGUCCAAGAGUGUCUUCUGAUAUUCUUCCUCCUUUUAGUUGAGAUCUGUUAUUACACUGCAGGCAAAGCACUGGGAACAUUGUGGAGACUGAGACAAUGUUUUCAAAGCCUGGAGACUGCAAAGACCUAUUUUGAGUCAUAACAGAUGCUGGACAUAUGGAACAACUGAGGAGACCUGCACAAGGUCUAUAAAUGUUCUGCAGAUCUUUAUGUCCCUGACACAGUGGGUGGGUUUUCUAUGGGAACUGGAAACUGGGAAGGGGAGAAGUGGAUAUGAAUGCAAAUGUUCAUGACUCCUGUGAAAAAUUUGCCAUAGGGAAAGGGGAAUAACAUAUCUUUGGUGGGAUAGGGCUCACGGUGGCCAAAAAUUAGUCUAAAAACCAGCCCUGAUGUAGGAAGAGGGUCACAUUGACCUGUGGCUAACUUGAGACUGGAGCUUUUACAGCUCUCUAUAAAAAUUUGAGAAUCUCAGGCCAGCAUGUAAACUCUUUACUGGUAUACUUCACCAUCUACAAUACUUGGGUCCUGAAACAGUUUUGGACUCCGUGAAAACGGUCUGGUCAGUGUUUCUCCAAAAGUAAUGCCACAGUCCCUUGUUCCUCACAUGUCUUCUUUGUCCCCUGCCUUCUUCUUCCUUCCCUACUGCUGCCUAGCAGUCAGGUUGCACUAUCUCACACUUCCCAGCAAACUUUUUGUUCCCCUGCAAACUUUCCCAAAUACUAAAGCAGCCUUUCUUCUGCCAGCACCGCUGCCCCUUUGCAUUGAUGACCACUGCAUGAGCAAUGGUAAUUGCUGUUACCCACAGGGGCUUUUCUUGUGCCUCUCAUCUGGCCUGGUUCCAGCUUACAACUGAAUGCUACGUGACUGUUCUCUCUCCUCCCAGCAUUCAUCCAGCAGAGAUCCUGAGUGAUGCACGUACACACACAGACUUUACACACUAUUGUGAAUGCAAGUACAUUGCCUAUGGACCACAUGAAGCACAAAGAGCUGGAGAGAGAUUAGCUCACUUGCAUGCCAUGGGGCCUUUCUCUUACUACUCCAGUAUGGCUGGCUCAGCUGGCAGUCAAGCUGGGGCCUCUGCUGGCUACAAGAGAACUGUCGUCUUCUCACCCCCAAGUCCAGCGCAAGGAGUUUCUUUGCCCGGUUCACUGUUGGAUUAAUGGCAAAACGUCAGAGCAUUACUUGUCCUCCCCUCCCCACUUCCUAUAGGGAAGGGAGAGGAGACGGUUUCUUCUGUGGUGCCUCUUGCCACAUUGUGUUCAUUAACUAAAUGAUUGCAUAGGUUUAAUCCCAGACAUGUUCUCAGCCUGCCAGAGUGGUCGCACUGUCUGUGCCAACACAUGGUGAUUGCUGCUUCCACUGCCACUCCACAAUGCAACGAUUCCCUAAGAGCAGCUCUGCAAUGUCAGUGGUGCAUUGUAUGUCACGUACCCAGCUGACUUGUCAGGCUGCAACAUAUGUACAGAGCACUGCAGCGUGUGUAGCUUUCUGCAGGUUUGCACUGCAAGCCUGCUGGCUGCUGAACUAAGAAACUCUCAGUUUACUUCCUGCUCUGUUUUCCUCAACUCUUGUUCAGUCCCAUCACCUAUCUACCCAGUGCCUAUCCAGUUUUUCCUGCCUGUGCAAUUGUCCCUGGGAUUUAACUGGGUACUCAGCAGAGCUGUAUGGCUUUGCACCAUCACACUGCCUUGCGUAAAGCCCUUGCUUGCUCUUGUCUCUGUUUCUGUGCAUGUGGUUUAUAUGUAGUUAUCAUCAAAGCAGGAGGAACAGCCAUUGGAUUAUUUAAGUUUUUUUAUCCUCUGUUCUAUUGCUUGGUUUUAAGGGAGCUUAUCAAGGGCAUGCCAGUUGCAUCUUAGAACUAUGUCUGGUGAUGGUGUGCAAAUCAGGCCUGUAUUUAGCCCACACCACUGAGUCGUCAGAGCAUUUAAGUUGGUAACUCACCCUGGGCUGACUUCUUCCUAAAAAGGAUUUUCAUGUACUAUGGGGAACGCCCUGGCUUGGGGAAUUUCCAAUAAAUUUUGUGUGCUGUAUGAAGCAGAAAAGAAGUCUCUGGGAGUGGUGUACUUUGACCUCUUCCCUUGCUCAUAAUCCACCUCUUUAGAUUUACCAACUGACAUUUCACACCACGGCCCUGGGGUGAGCAAGACUUUAAGUGCUGGCCAUAGACAGAGGCUGGUGCUGAUGGAAGGUGUGCUCUGAAUACAGACCAUCCCUGACCUGUAAGCAUCAUUGGCAUGGGAGAGGUUGGGGAAGAAGGCAUUGAGAACAAGAAACAGACCCAAAAAGGAGUAAGAGGUUGAGGGGCUGUGAGAAAAGGGAGACAGAGUGUGCACUUGAUAGAAGAAAGAAGAAAACUAAGGCAGGGCAAAUUUCUUGGAGAGGGAGAUAAGGGACUAUAGGCAGCCACCCAACUACUGUAUUCGUAUCAGAGAGCCACAGUCCUCACCCUAAUGCUCUGCUGGAGCUGCAGCCAGCACAGACAGGGUCCUGCAUCCCUUGCAUACCGGAGUGCAGAGUACAGCUCUCAGAUUUGCCAUGGUUUGAUUCAGAGCCAGAAGUAGGAGGGCAACAGUCCCACAGCCCAGAGUUGUGUUGCACUGUGAUGCUUCAGCUUGGGUCACUUGGGCUGAGCAUCUUCCGUGCACACCACUGUUUGGUGGAGACUGGCCCAAGGGCUGGGCAUUUGGGCCAAAGUCUGCUUCAUAUAGGCAGGCAAAAAUAAUUUUUCAUCCUCCCUGUUACUGGUCACUCUAGUGCUGGCUAGCUCGUGAUAUAACUUCAAGGAGAUCCAGAGUUCCUUGAAUUUACACCCUGCAGCAGCUGAAUUGGUCCUGUGCUUAUAAAUUAGCUGGGGGUCAGCAAUCUUGAAACCUUUCCAUUACCCUGUCAUCCCCUCCUUCCCUUUGCAGUCCUCCACGAUGGAGCAAAGUACACACUUAGACAGUCUUUUUGAAGGAAGUCCUGGGUGAUCUGGGGGAAGGGUGACACUGUCUUCACAUCCUGUAAUGAUAAAAGGGAGAGAUUUUAAGUAGAAGAAGAGGGAAGGAUGAGAAGAAAAGGAAUAUGAGUAAAACAUGUUUCUCUUUAUUCACCCUCUUCUGCCAAUAAACCCCUACCUCAAAAACCACAAGGAUCUAGGUGCAAGCACAGUGAAGUGUCUGCAAGGUACCAUGGUGGCUCUGCAGUGCUGCAUUGCCCUGGCAAGGAAGAGCCAGAAAGUUGCUUAGGUGAAGGAAGGCUUUGGGCCACAUUCAGGUGAAACAUCAGCCUUUCCUUUCCAUUCCUAAUACGCUCGAGCUGUUGGCAAGCAUGGCUGUGCUUAAGAUGGGAGUGGGAAAAGCAGAGCUGCUGGAGGGAGAGCUCGUUCAGGUUGUGUCUGUGCCAAGGAGUGCAUUUGAACAGAAUCCCAUGGGGCAUGGAUUGCUGAGCUCCAGGCUAGGCCUGGCAGGAGCAAGUGACAGAAGCAGGGUUAGAUUCGGUGCAGCAGGAUUGGCACAUUGGCCUCGGCGGGUGGUAUGUGCCUGGGGCAGAGGUAAAACUCCACACAGAGCUAAGUUAAAAUCUUUGCUCUCAGUUGCCCAGGCACAAACAGGGAUGGCAGGAGCACAGGGGGUCUCUCUGUCUGGCGUGCUUUGUGCUGGUAGGGCAGCACAGGGGGGAGUCUGCUGACUCAGCGACUCUUCCAAGCUAUUCCUGCCCGCUGCCAGCACUUCAUGCAGAUCCAGGUUACAGUUCCCAGAAGUGUCCCUACAUAUGUUAGCAGGAAUACAACUGUCCGCACGUUUUGCAGCGAGAACAGCACGGCAACUGAUGCAGCACGGAGCUGUGACCCUGGAGUAAUGGAUUUCCUGAAGGGAAAGCUGUGGAGUACAGCGCUGACAGGCUUAAUCUGCUGACUGCCAGGGAGCAGGUUGUUCUUCCUGACUCCGAGGGAGCUUGCAGGCGAGCUCCGGACUGGAAGCAGGCAAACUACCAGCCGCAGGGCUGGGGUCGUGUAGUACAGCGCAGUCCCCCCUCCAUUACAGCAUCCUCAUUGCAGGGACUGCGGGCUGGGGAAACUACAGUUCCCAGCACCCUUUUGUGCAUGUCCCUGCAAACUACAAUUCCCAGAACCUUUUAACGAGCCAGAGAGUCUGUCUAUGCAAAGAAAUGCGGACGAUUUUUGCAUAACAGCCUGCACCACCGCCGAAGUGCUGGCUGGCCCUUGAUUAGUGGAAACGGGAACAGGGGAAAAGCCAGAGAGCAUCAGCACUGUGGAGCUGUGGUUUUGCCCACCCCUAAUAGCCACAGCUAUAUCCUCCAGCACAGAGCAUCUUUCGUCCUCUCCGGACUUGCUCGGCGGUCACAAGGAGGACUCCGCUGCUGCGGAGGGAGAGGCAGAUAAACUACAGAUCCCAGCAUUCUCUGGCAGGCAGCACCUGCGGCAGUCCCUGGAGGGUGAAGAUGAGGAUGGAGGUCGGAGAGGAGAAGCAGGGUGCUGUAGGGCUAGACUGUACCUGGGACAUUCCACCACCUACUGGCACCCAGGCCAAGUGGGUGAGGCUCAAUGUGGGGGGCACCGUCUUCCUCACCACCAGGCAGACCCUGUGUCGGGAGCAGAAAUCUUUCCUGUGUCGCUUGUGCCAGGGCGAGGAGCUGCAGUCGGACCGGGAUGAGACUGGUGCAUACCUAAUAGACCGGGACCCCACUUACUUUGGACCCAUCCUGAAUUUCCUCCGUCAUGGGAAACUGGUCCUGGAUAAAGAUAUGGCUGAAGAGGGGGUCCUAGAAGAAGCUGAGUUCUAUAACAUUGGUCCUUUAAUCCGAAUAAUCAAGGAUCGACUGGAGGAGAAGGACUACACAGUAACUCAGGUGCCUCCUAAGCAUGUCUACCGUGUGCUGCAGUGCCAGGAAGAGGAGCUCACUCAGAUGGUUUCCACUAUGUCAGAUGGAUGGUGCUUUGAGCAGCUUGUGAACAUUGGCUCAUCCUAUAACUAUGGGAAUGAGGAUCAAACAGAGUUCCUGUGCGUGGUCUCCAAAGAGCUGUACAACUCCCCCAGUGGCCUGAGCUCUGAGCCCAGCCACAAAGCCAAGGUAUGUUACCUGUCUGCACUCUCAGCUCCCGCCAGCCUGAGCUCUGCAUGAGUGACUCACUUCCCUCUUGUGGGUACGGCCCUGGUUUGUAGUGCUUGGGGAGGGGAAGGAGGGAGGGGAGGUUGACUCAUCCCUAAGGUGGCUUUUCCGAUUCUCAUCCUGUGUGUGCCUUUACUUGCCAAGCAGCCCCUACGGCUCUGGACCAGAGGCUCUGGCAGCAGAAAGGAGAGCACAGCUGUGAGAAAUGAAGAGGGGUGGAAAUGAAUGCAAAGGAGGCAGGGGUGGCACGGGGAGGGGGGGGGAAGUCUGCCACGUGUCUGCCUGACACACGUGCCAGAUCGCUUCUCCAGACUGCCAUCUGCAGCUCCUUUGCCUGCCAGCCCGAGAGCAGUUUGCAGAAGGCAGCCUGUUAUUUUCCCCUCCCUGCUCUCGCUUCCCUGGGCUUUUCCCCCACCACCUCUGCCAGGGUGAGAGUGCAGUGGGAGAGGGUGGCGAAGGCAGAGCGGAAGCGGCCAGUCCCGGAUCCAGAUGUUCUCACAGCUGUAUGUGAAAUGAGCCUCUGUGCUCUGCCUCCUGCUCAGGAAGGCGUGCAUGGGGCUGGGUACAGAAAGCUUUACGAGGAGGAUUCCUCUCUGAUACUGGAAGACUGUGGGACUUGUUAAACUGUAGGUGCUCAGUGCCACUCUCCAUCCUGGUGGACAGCUGGCUGACAUUUCUCACUCCCUCGCUUUGAAAGCCUCCUUGUCCAUGGCUGUGGGACCUGAGUGUUAUUCUCUUAAAAGGCAGUGCAUGUUAAUCACGUGGACUUUUCCUUUCUUUUUCUCUGUUCUCCCGCCCUCAAUCCUCAUCUCUUUCUUCUGUUCUCAUUUCCCUUUUCCUGUUUCUCACUCUCCCUUCCGUACUCAUUUUUUUUUCUUGCCGUUGAUUUUUUUCUCUCUUUCUCCCUUCUUCUCUAGCUGUUACAAGCCAGAGGUCUGAGGAUGUGAUCCCAACACUCUACUCCAGCCUUUUUAUUUCUUGUUCAUAUCUUUGCUUUUGUACUGCAGUGGAUGAUGGCCCCUUCCUCCCAGUGACAC